UAACACAGGAAACUUGUAGAAGCUCACACAUCGGUCUCUUGUACACGGAGAGAACUUUGUCAGAGCCUGGUAAUUUAACUCUCAAUUUUGGUUCAUCAGAAUUUUGGUUUUGCUCAUCAUUUGUAUUUUUAACUUCAAACAGUUGAAUCUGGGGUAAAUAUUGCAAUAAUUUACGGCAAAGUGUUGGCGAUAAUCAUACCUGAUAUUGGAGGACAUUACAAGGAUCAAGAUGGUGACAACUCUACUCUUUGUGGCAUUAGCUCAUCAAAUGGUGUUGUGUUCAUUGGCAGCUGGUGAAGAGAUCAGGCUGGUCGAUGGCACUAGUCGCUGCUCGGGGACAGUAGAGAUUCUUUACAAGGGCCAGUGGGGACGAGUGUGUGGCCAGAAGUGGGACGUAAACGAUGCCAAUGUGGUGUGUGGCCAGCUGGGCUGUGGGAGAGCUGUGAGUGCCAAAGGUAGUGCCCACAUAGGUCAGGGUAGUGGUGGCAGGCCUACUUGGCUGGAUGAUGUCGGGUGUAAAGGCACUGAGAGCUCCCUCACAGAAUGCUCACAUGGAGGAUUGAAACACCAUGCCUGUUUACAGGCUCAAGAUGCCAGACUUGUCUGCUCAGUUAAACCUAAUAUCAGACUGGUCAAUGGGAGUGACCUCUGCUCUGGGAGAGUGGAGGUCUAUCAAACUGGUCACUGGCGGACCGUGUGUGACGACGUGUGGGACUUGAAUGAUGCUGCUGUGGUUUGCAGACAGCUUGGCUGUGGGAGAGCUGAUAGUGCCCCAGAGGGGGCCUACUUUGGUCAGGGAAGUGGGCCCAUCUGGCAGGAUGAUGUUGACUGCUCUGGCACAGAGUGCUCCAUCACACAGUGCCCACACACAGGAGGAGGAACACAUAACUGUAAUCAUGGUAACGACGCAGGUGUUAUUUGUUCAGGGGUUGUCUUGCAGAAGCCUUCACUCUCCACAGACCCGUCCUACUCUGCUUUCAUGCAUGGAGAGGAGGUCCAACUCACCUGCACUCUUCCAUCCCGUAUCCUCUGUAAUGCUGUGGAGUUCAUCUUCUAUCUGAAUGGAGACUCCAUCAUGACCGUGACCGUUGGAUCCUCACAGAGUCCUCACAGGGCUACUUUAACAAAGUUUAAGACGGACGCUUCACACCAGGGCAGUUACAGCUGUCUCUACAGAACCCACUCCAACGGCAAAGCCAUCAGCUCCCCUUACAGCAACGUUACUAAAGUGGUCCUGCUUCAGCCCAACAUCUCUCUCAGUCCUCCAAAUGGAGGGAUAUUCUGGGGACUUCAGGGGCCAGAGGUGACUAGGGGCCACAGCUUCUCCAUCAUAUGCUCCAUUCAGCCACAGUAUCCCGGAGGCCUCUUCUAUCUGCACUUCUCUGGUUCCAACAGAACAGAGACUACGCCAGCAGUCAACCACUCUGCCUGCUUCCACUUCCCUGUUGCAGAGUAUACAGACCAGGGGAAAUACAGCUGCAGCUAUGGAGUCAACAUCUCCACGCGGUCAUUCAGGUCGGCUAAUAGUGAACUAGCUGUCACCAUUAGAGGUCUCAGCCUUGAAACACCUACCUUUUCCUCAGCCUCUAUGGUCCCCAUCAUUGCCUCUGGAGGGACUGGUGGGCUCGCACUCCUGUUUCUGCUCGUCAUCUGUCUCGUCAACAGCAGGAGGACCAGGAGGAGCAGCAAGCCAUCUACAGAGACUGACCAGAGAGAAUGUAUUGACAACAGACACAACAGAGGCGAGGACAACAAAGUAGAAGAAGAGGAGGACUACGUGAAUGUUGAAAACGUCGGUGGCGAGAGAAGUCUGAAGAGCGGGAAGGGUGAAAAGAAGAAUGGGAAGAAAAAAGGGUGCCGCUCUGGGAACACGGAGGAUGUCUAUUUCAAUGAGGAGGAGGGUGAAAGGGAGGGAAACGUUCACAGAAAGCGUGUUUGUGGUGGGCCUCGUGAGAAAGGGAAUAGUGCAGACGACGAUGAAGAUUAUGGCAAUGUCUCUGUCUAUGACAAUGUUGUAGCGCAUGACGUGAACGAAGACAUUUAUCAAAACUAUUAGGAGUAGUAACAGUGGACUGCGUGUCAUGAAAGUAACUCAUUGGCAUCAACACAUUGAUGUGUAAAUAAAGUUAAGUAAUAAUAAUUCAGAUGCAAUAGUAAUAGUUGACACUUAAACGAGACAUAUGACAUAAUGGUAUUGCUCUAUUUUAUUUAGCUUUUUGUAACCAAUUGAAAUGUUCAGCAUAUUUGAUCCAUUGGGUCAAACCCGAACUGUCGUUUUUUGUAUGCGUUGGUGGGGUGUCACUUUCUGUGUCUUUGAUCAGUUCCAGUGUUGUUGAGGAACUAGCAUUAAGUAUAAACUGUUGGUUGAUUGCACUAAAAUAAACAGGAUUCUCUUUGCAUGCUUUUGAGUUGAGCUUUUAUGUCUCCACUUUUUCUUUGAAGAGGAGUAGAAGGUGUUCAACCAAAUGAGAAAAGGUCCAACCAUAAAAAAAUAAGAUGAGCAUU